AUGGCAUCUCCUGAUAUUACUCUUCAUACUUUCUCAACUACCAACAGAGUAAAAGUUAGCAUUGCUCUUAAAGAAUUAGGACUUCCUUAUAAACCCCGAGUAUUUGAAAAUCAAUCCACAAGGAAAAUUCUUGCUCUCACGGAUCAUGAUUUUAAUGUAUUUGAAAGUGGUGCUAUUUUAAUUUAUCUUGGUGAAAAUUAUGAUCCUGAAGAGAAAUUAUUGCCAAAGGAUCCCAAAUUAAAAAGUCAAGUUAUACAAUGGAUUAUGUUCCAAGUGGCUGGACUCGGACCUAUUCAAGGACAAGCUAAUUUUUAUAAUACUUUCUCACCAGAACUUGUUCCAUAUUGCAUUGAACGUUAUACCAAAGAAACCAAAAAAUAUUACACCAUCUUAAAUGAUUUCUUGGAAAAGAAGGAGUAUUUAGUUGGAAAUAGGUUUACUUUAGCAGAUAUUGCAAAUUAUUCUAUGGUUAAGUUCCACGUCUUUUGUGGAAUUCCAAAUCUAGAUGAUUUUCCAAAUUUAAAAGCUUGGGUGGCUCGCAUUGAUGCAAGACCUGCUACUCAAAAAGGCAUAGAU